GUAAAAAACCGAACACCCACAGCGAACUUCCACUAUGGGCUUUCCUCUCUGCUAUUCUGGAAUUUUCUUCCCGAAACUCCUCAUACCUGCAUUUUCUCUUCUGGGUUUCAUCAGAAAACUCAUCUGCUGCAUCUUUCGCUAUUUGGGUCUCAGCGAAUUCAUCGAGUUGGACGUUACAUGGCCCACCAAUCCCACCCAUCAGCAUCGACACCGUUCAUUUUCAGCGAUGCUGAUACGAGAGAUCCUGCCCGUUGUUUUAUACGAAGAUCUACGUGGCGAUUCCAUGUCAGACAGCUGUGCAGUCUGUCUCUAUGAGUUCGAGGGCCGAGAAGAGAUCCGACGGUUGACGAACUGCCGUCACAUAUUCCAUCGGACGUGUUUGGACCGUUGGAUGGACCUUGAUCAGAAGACAUGCCCAUUGUGUCGGACUUCUUUUGUGCCCAAAGAGAUGCAGGAGGCCUUUGAUGAGGUGGUCUGGGUAGCGGAUAUACACGGGGAGUAUACGUAUCCGUAUCCGUAUCCGUAUCCGUCUAUGCUAGAAUCGGAUUCUUUAGCUUUGUAGUAGAAAGCUCAAGUGUAUAUAAAGAUUUGAGAGUGUAUGUUCGUGAGUUCUAACUUCUAAAGAUUUGUAUUUUGGUUUUGGGUGCGUUUGGACGUGCCUCAAAAUGUGAUAUUUUACUAACGGAAGCCAAAUAACUUGUGUUUUGGAAAGGAGAAAGUGGGAAAAUGGUACUGAUGUAUUUGGGUAUUUUGAUUUUGGGUGAUUAUAAAUUCAGACUAAUUAGAUUGAGUAAGGUUGAUUUAA